GUUGACGAUCGUUUGUAUAAAAGGAUCCGGCGCUGGUCGAACUGCAUCAGAAGCAAUCCAAGCGUUCUAACAGCUCAUCCAGCAAUCCUCAACAACACCAACCUACCUACAACAAUGAAGUGCAUCGUUGCCGCCCUUGCAAUCGUCGCCCUGGCCGUCGUCGCCGAGGCUGGAUACCCGUACGCUGGCUACCCAUACGCCGGAUACGGAGCCACCGUCAUCCAGGCCAACGCUCCAGCCUGGCCGUACGCCGGAUACCCGUACGCUGCCGCUGCCUACCCGUACGCUCAUGCCGCUGCCUACCCCGCUGCCAUCGCUGCCUAUGCUGCCCCGCACGCCGCUCUCCUGGCCGCUCCCCAUGGCCCAGUCGCCUCGGUCGCUCACCAUGCCGGCGUUGUGCCCGGAGCUACCUCGGUCACCGCUACCCGUGGUGCCGUCCAUGUUGCUCCUCUGCCCGGUCAUGCCGUGUCGCAGAAGCAGCUGAACCUGGCCCCGGCUCCCGGAACCCUGUAAGGCUGGAACGCUUUGACUAGCGCUUAAGGAAACGAUCGGAAAAUUCGGAACAAAGGAUGUGUGUGAUAGGCCGGAGAGCAACUGGUGCAAAACCCUGCCGGGCAGUGCGACAGAUUUGUCCAGCGGUGCAGACCGUUGAGCAAUUGGUCGCCAAUGUUUUUCCCCGAGGGUUUUUGACGAUAGCUGGCUGUUAUUUUGUUCAUGGUUAUCUCAGCUGGUUGUACAUUUACUGUAAAUAGAAGUUAUUUACAUGAAUAAAUGACAGCAAACAAAAAUAA